AUGCUCCGGGUGCCUCAGGACCAAGGCCAGCGGGUGCCGCCUGUGCCCCCUCCCGGCUCGGCACAAAGGGUGCGGCGGCGCGUCCAGCUCGGGGGCCGGCGGGAGGGAGACGCUCUCGAGGAGGGGGACACGCCCAGAGGCUCGGCCCGAGGGGAAGCCAGAGUCUCGGUGGCCAGGCGCUGCCUCCACGGGAGGUGCACCUGCCGCGCCGGGGCGGGGUGCCGGGAGGGGGACGGCCGCAGAGUGAUGGGCGGGGGGAGGGGGGCGGCCACGGCAGGAAGGCGGCCGGGCGGGGGGCUGCCGCGAGCCUCCGGAGCAAGCGAGCGCGCGUGGCGGGUCCCGGCGGCACUCACCGACCCUCGGCGCCAGGGCGGCGGCGGCCGGCGCGCUGCCCUCUCGCGGGGUCCCCGGCCUCGGGCCCGGCUGCGCUCGGCCUCGCGGCGGCGGCGGCGACGACCGCCGGUGGUGACAGCGGCUGGGCCGCCCGGCUGGGAGGGGGCACCUGCAACCCGCGGCGGGGCUGACCGGGCGGCUCGAGCUCCUGCAGGGGGCGCGCCGGCCGGCUCGCGCGUGCGCAGUACGCCAACCCUGCGGGUGCCCGGCCCGCCCGGACGCCCCGCCCCGCCCGCGCCUGCGCAGACCCCGCGCACCCGCGCGCGACCGGCAGGGGGCGCCGGGCUCCCGGCGGGGGGUAGGGCAGAGCGGGGCGGGGCGUCGUGGCGUGCACCUGCGCUUCCAGCGGCUGCAGCAGUCGCUCCCCGAACCUCGACCUUCCCCGGCCGUUCAGCCAUUUCCCCCAGCACUGUUCUUCUUUGGGCGCGGGUCCCGGUGUCGCGGAGGGAGGGCGAGUGGCCGCCUCGGGCCUGGCUCGGACUGCCGGCCGGGCGGGGAGGUCCUGGGAGCUCUGGACAGAGGGCGAGGAACCUUCUAGAAAACGGCCGCAGGGCAGGUUGGAAGGCCCAGCAUCCUGCGGGCGAACUUGACUUGGAUCAUUUCUUGCUGUGCCUCUAGAAAUGAUGAGCAAAACGUGAACUAUGUGCCGAGGUUGACAGACGGCCCCCGAAAAGUGCAAUGUAACGAAGCGCUGUGAGGAACAGUCUCCGCUGUCCCGCUGUGCGAGCUGCUCUAUUACAAUAUAUCCCCCGAGCUUC